UGUGGUCCGAAUGAGUUCAGUUGCAGUCGUACCCGGGAGGAAUGUAUUCCAUUUAACAGAGUCUGUGAUUUGAAACCUGACUGUUUGAAAGGAGAAGAUGAAGUACACUGUGAUGCCUCUAAUGAUGUAGAACGUUCAUGCAAACACAAGGAGAAACCUAGCUUGCAAAAUACCACCAUGCUAUCCGGAGAUAACACUAGCACCACGAAAGAUGAGGAAGACGUGGAUCUGACGAAAUCAAACGGGCAUUUAUUUAGAAAGGGACAAGACUGUUCCGCAGACUCCUCAAAUCAAUCAUACUUCUGCCCUGCUAAUUGUACUUGUUCAGGCCCAUCUUUAAAUUGCUCCUCCGUUCAUAAUUUACCGACAUAUAUCACCUCUAUUACACUACACAGCCUGGUACAAGAUACUCUCAACUUCAGUGCAAGGUUUUCCAGUUUGAAAAAGAUUCAAAUUACGUCCUGUAAGUCAUGUGACCUGUACAUUGAAAACACCGUGGCCGUGAAUGAAAUCGUAAUCAAUAACAGUGAAUUCCAUUCAGUUUACAUUGACGAUGAAGAUGAUUAUUUACGCCAAUUAAAUGUAUUCGAUAGCUGUUUUGGAAAGAUGGUAUUUUCCCCAACAUUUCAACAUCAUUUUGAACUAAACAUUCAAAAUAGCACACUCAACGCAACCGCCCUUACAAUUCCAUCGCUCAAGGGAAACAAAGUAGAUAUGUCGCAGACACGAGGUUUUCCAAAUAGCAUUAAAAGAUUUGAUCACUUGGUAGUGAACUACAGUUCUUGUGAUUUAACGGAACUACCGGAUGCAUAUCUAAAAGCAAUAACUCUAGAUGUGAGUGAAAACAAGUUAAGGGACUGUCAUAUACUAUAUUUCACGCAAAUCCUUCACCUUCAGCGUAACCUAUUCGACACUAUCAAUAUUUCAGUUGACACUAGACAAUCUGAGGCUCGGCUACAAUAUCUUGACUUUUCAUACAAUAACAUAGAGAAGAUAGAAAGAAAUGACUUUAAUGACUUCCACAAUCUACUCUAUCUAAAUCUCAACAGUAACAAUAUAGUUUAUAUUCACAACAAUGCCUUUUCUGAAAUAGGUCAGCUUGUUCGUCUGGACUUGUCAAAUAAUGAAAUCCGUAUUUUGACACGUACUCAUUUCAUCCGUCUCACUAGUUUGCAGUAUCUUAACCUUCAAAACAACAAUCUCAAUGUAAUGGAGGGCAUGUUUGAUGGUCUUAUAAGUGUACAGUAUUUAUUGGUGGAUUAUUUCACGUUAUGUUGUGCUCAACCUAAAGCUAAAGGCAAGAUUCAGUGUUUAGCUCCAGUCAACGAAAUUUCCUCUUGUGACCAUUUGAUUGACACGCCAUUUCUUGGUAUUGUUAUUUGGUACAUAGCCCUUGUAGCGGUGCUUGGAAACUUCUGUGGGAUACUGUAUAGAUAUAGCAUGAUGAAGAGAAAAUAUAUGUCAUCAUUUGCCCUAUAUUCAAUAAAUAUGGGUGUUGCAGACUUUCUGAUGGGUGUGUAUCUUUACAUCAUAGCAGGAGCUAAUCUAACCUUUAGUGGGCGAUACGGGUUUGCAGAUGAGUGGUGGAGACAUAGUCCAAUUUGUACGUUAGCUGGUGUAAUGGCCACUCUUUCUAGUGAAACAUCUGCUCUGUUUGUACUUUUGAUAACCAUUGAUAGAAUUCACAUCAUACGAUCCCCUUUUUCUAAAUUUAAGCUAAAUUGUAGAAUUCCCAAAUUCCUGUCUGGCUUAGUGUGGACCAUUGCUCUUUUGUUAUCAGUGCUGCCUUUACUUGGAGAUGACUAUUUUCAUGAAUACUAUUCUAGUUCCGGAAUAUGUAUUUCUUUACCUCUCUCUGUACAGCGCAAGUCUGGUUGGGAAUAUUCUAUGAUAGUAUUUGUUGGGGCCAACUUCCUAAUCUUCAUAGCAAUAUUGAUAGGUCAAGUAGUGAUAUUUACCAAUGUUGUUGGCGCUGGAAAAACUCUUCAAACACACCAGUCUACAAGAAAACUGAAAGAAAUGUCCUUGGCUAAAAUUCUGAUUGCAGUUGCAAUAACAGAUAUGCUAUGUUGGAUACCGAUAGGUGUUAUUGGUUUUCUAACAUUCAUUGGCGUAGAUAUCACACCAAAGGUUUAUGCCUGGGUGGUGGUGGUUGUCCUUCCCAUAAAUUCGGCACUGAAUCCAGUCAUCUAUACAUUUUCGGCAGCCAUUAAACAAAUGAAUUGGAAAUCAGAGAAAAGUCAGCAUACGAAGAAUACAAAAGAAUUCGUCCUGAAAGAGAAGUCUGAAACAUAACAAGCAAGCCGCCAAGGACAUUUUCAAUGGGAAGUUUUAAACCGCUACAUCAGAACUGUUUCAGUCAUUUGAAUAGCCGACUGUUUUGUUUAUAGGACUAUAACUUUCUUGUUUUUAAAGAUUUACAUGCUUUAACUCCAGAUUAUUUAGAUGAAUUUAGCAGAAGACCUAGAUUAAGUCAGGUGGGUGCAUUAAAUGUCAUGAGGACAAAAAACACGGCAUUUCAGAAGAUCUUUCGUAAUAUACAGCUUGCAGUCGUAGAAUGAUCAGAAUUUAACAUUAGAAAUUCCCACCUAUUCGUGUCUAUUUUGUAAUGUUAAAGUGAUGUAAAUAUCUAUUAUAUAUGUAUAUUGUACAUAUGUAUCUAUUUCUCUGUACAUGUAUAUUGCUACAAUCUGUAAAUGUCUUUCAAGACUACAAUCUAAACUAGUUUUGCAACCUAUUUUGCUAUCCUGUAUAGAUAAAGGAAAAAUUUUAAAUAUAU